AUGUUUUUCCAAGGUGACUUGCAGAGUGGUAUCUCGCAGGCGAUCCAGGAGCACAAGCUGGUCGCCUGCUUCGUCAGACAAGGUAUGCCAGCUGACACUACGUUCAUCCUACGCAGUCUAACGAGCUGUCANGAUGACGAUGAGACAAGCCAGAAAUGGGAGAGCGAGUGGCUGACUGCUCCACUUGACGCAUCCACAGAUGCAGAUGGACAGCAGUCAUUAGGAGAGCAACUGGGCGAGAAGGCAGUCUUGCUUCGAAUCAACGCAGGAUCCGUCGAAGCUGGAUUCCUCGGAGCCUUUUGUUCUCUAGACUCUCUGCCGAAGCUUUUGGUCAUACGAGCAGGAUCCGUCGUCGAGAACAUCGACGCAAGCGUCACUGAAGAAGAAUUUCAGAAGCGCAUAACUGCUCUACUACAGCCCUCGACGCAACAGCAGCCAUCACAAUCAACCAACUCUAUUCCCCAAAAUGCCGACUCGGCCACCGCAGAUGUCAGCCAAGUUUUGUCGAACGUUCCCCUCAUCGGCGAAAGAGGAACAACGCUGCGGGAAUCAGACGCGGUUCCUCAAGAGACUGCAGAGACCAACGUCCCCAUACCAGCACCCACCAGUCAAGGCAACAAUGUAACGAUGCAACAAUUCCUGGCCGAGCGCGGAGCCCAUCUCGAAGCUGAUCGCAAGAAGCAAGAGGAGGUGGAAAAGGCAGCACGUAAGGCUACGGCAAAGGCGCGCAAGGAGGAGGCAGACAAGCAAGCUGCCGAGUCAUCGUCANNCUGCCCCAGAACAAACAAGAUUGGGCCGAUCAGCAGAGAAACCGCAACAAAGAGGCACGGCAGGAGAGGGAGAGAAUCCUCAAGUCAAUUGAGUCUGACAAGGCUGCAAGGAAAGAGAAGGAACGACAAAGANAAACUCGCCGCUCAGGGCGAGCCAUCUACAGCAGCUGCGCAGCUACCGGUACAUACUAAUACCGCCCCUGGAAGAAACUCCAGCGUUUGCGCCCUCCAGAUCAGACUGUUCGAUGGCAGUUCGCUGCGAACAAAGUUUGAUCCUUCCGCGACUCUUGCGACUUCCGUCAGGACAUAUGUCUCACAGAAUUCGCAGACAGACGUCCCGUACGAGUUCCGCCAGAUACUCCUGCCCAACCCCAGCCGUAACAUCUCGGUCGGCGAAGAGGGCGAAUCACUUAAGUCGCUUGGUUUGACACCUAGCGCAACUCUAGUCUUGGUGCCUAUCAAAGGCUACACAGAUGCUUACGCCAGCGGCAGCGGCGGCCUGGUCUCCAAGGGGUUCAAUGCCGGAUUUGGACUCUUGUCAGGCGCGGCAAGCAUGUUGGGAAGCGCGGUNGGGGGUGUUAUGGGCUACGCAUCAGGCACAACCGACAGACAAGGCCCCUACGUAGCCGGAACAGCAGAUGACAGUGAGAUUUCUAACGUGGAGGGAGACAGAAUGGCCAAUAGGUCAGCCGGCAUCAACAUCCGCACACUUGGUGAUCAGAGACGAGAGACGGAACAGAAUACUGAACUAUACAAUGGCAACCAGGUGAGUACUUCUAAGCAGCCGAGUGUGAAGACCGCGGUGAUUGACGGAACACAGCUGAACUUCGAGCCGCGGAAGAACAAGGAUGGCCAGGACGCCAAAGAUGAUUGA